AUUUUUCACAUGGCAACUAUAUAAUGUGCCACUCUCAUUGCAUUUCUGAUAUAAUUUUCAUAAUUCGUCUGGGUUUUUUGCAAAUAUAAGAUUUAAUUUUGUGAUUAUUGGAGUGAAUAUAUAAAAUGUUUUUCUGAAAAUAAAAAAUAAACUAAAUAUGUAGCAAAUAAAUGAAUAAGUUUUAUAAAAUGUUAAAUAAGAAACUUUUGAAGUGUAAAUUUAAACAGAGACAAGUUAUAGUGAAAGAAAAUUGUAAAGUUUUGUAGGGUGGAAUGGCAGAUAAGAAUUAAGUGAAACAAGAAAUAAGUAAAUAGAAAAAAACGGAAAAAUAAAAGUGUUCGGAAGAGGAGGUGGUGGGUGCUCUAUUUUAAUCGAGGUAGUGUUAAAUACAACGGAAUUGUCUAUCGUAUGCCGCAGAACUCCGAUAUAAUUAUUUUUUUUCGCAUAAACACAUAAUCUUUGGACAUAUAAAUGCAGUUUUAUAGGAUUGUAAAUAAUUGACGUUACUAAUCGUCAUAUUGGAAGAUGUAAGUACGCUUUUUAGUUCUGCGAAGGGUGCUGUUGGUCAUGUUUGGUUUUACAAUACAUAGAAGAAAACAAAUAAAGUAAAUUGCUUAUAUGCAUACAUCUGUAUGUUUAUACAAUAUUAACGUGCAAGUGGUAGAAGAAUAGGCUAAAAAUAAAAUUAACAGAAAAGGGAAUGCAAACAGCAGAGACGAGUACAGCUGAGAGCGCAGCUGUUUUGUUGCCGACAUUCGAGAUUUCCGACACUAGUUUGUGAUAUGGCACUAUUCAUGUAAUCUCUUACAUGGAUACAUAUGUAUGCGGGGCAUGAAAAACAUACACUGAUUCGACAAAAUAGACAUAUAAAAUUGGGCAAUGAAUACACGUGCAUUGUCGAACUAAUAAAAUGCAGUAACGUGUUAAACUCUAAUUCCUGAAGAUAACUGAGAAAGUUUAAGUAGCAGUAUAAUGGAGAACAACGGAGACGAAAUGCGGCGCCAUAUACGUCAUGAAAUUGAAGUUCCAGCCUAUCAUCAUGAAAUGGAAAUCAACGAUGAUGGACUUUUUAUUUUUCAGCCGACUCGUAUGGUCUGGUCUAUGAUCGUGGUGACCGCACAUCGACUUUGGGAUUGGCAAUCGAACAAAGUCCAUUAACAUUCUAUAUGGGUACAUCCGCCGAAUCUACUGCAGCUACAGCCGCGGUAACAAACUAUCACAACUUACACAGCUAUCCGCCACCUGUACUCACACCAACUACACCCCCUAAUGCAACAACACACUAUGAAGGUGUCACCACAACGAUAUCUUAUGAUCCUGCUGUAAAUGCACCAUCACCUUCCGUGUCUACACAACCAAUGGUUAGUUCUAUUGGAGUACAGAUGUAUCCACCGGUACGACACCAUAUGCAUCAUUACAAUCACGUACAUUCCCAUCGACAUGCUCUGACACAUCGACCCCAUCAUAUAGUGCACUCGCACAUUCAUCCACAUGUGCAGCAGCAUCAGCACCAAAUUCACCAUCAACAACAGAUUACGCACUCAGCAACAUCCACCGUACAAAUGGAUGGUGAUAUUCCAAGCGAACGUUGCGCGUAUGAUGCUUGUUUGAUAAGACGUGAUCCUUAUUUGGUGUGCAACAAAUGUUUGUCUGACACAUGCCACUGCGCACAUAGAUCAUCUAGCGGACUUAACCACUCGUCUUACGACACUGUACAUGGCGCAGAUCAUAUGCACAACCCACAUCAUGAACAACAACAGCAAGAAACAUUAUUGACAGCUAAUGUUAUUACAAAUGAAUUGCCAAGGGUUGAGCAUAUGGAUAUUAGUGAGGUGCCAGAAGGUGCGAAUGUAAAUGUUGCUACUAGUUCCAAUACAAUUAUGCACUUGCCAGACACUGAAGAAGCCGGAGCAGUUGACGCUGUUAAUGAUGAGCACGAUUAUGCUAUAGGUAGUUAUUGGGCACCUUCAGAUCCUUCUAGUGAUGGAGCCGUCUUAACAUUGCAACAUGCUUCUGCUACUGCUGAUACUCAAAAGACUGAUAUUAAAUGCAAACAAUUGCUUGCCAACUCCACCCCAAAGGGUGAUGCAAAUGCAACACUAAACACCGCCGCCUUUGGUUCCGAAAAUCAAAGGCAUUUGACCCACAACAAUACUGUCCGUACACCUCAUUAUGCUGCAGUGUCUACUAUAACCAGUAGUGCUAUGGCAGCUGGAUCAUCGGCUAUCGCCGAUGGUAAUGCAUCCGUCGACUCUCUCGAUGAUGACAUGAUGGUAGCAUCAACCACGACCGCUACGAACGAUGUCGGAAACGAGGAGUCGGAAGGCAACCGAGGAUUAACAGGUGAUAUAAGGAAUAACCGGUUAGAGCUGUCGACCAGUGCAACGGCUAUUGAGAGAGAUAAUGAUGAAAAUUUACAGUCACCUACUGAAUCUAGCGAGGCGUUAGCCCAUACAAAUGAGACAUUUCAUACAUCACCAAUAUCACUUAAUAACAGCGACGAGGUGACAUCAGCAUCUGACACAGAACGCGUUCAUUUUGCGGACACAUGCACCACCAACACGACUACAACAACAUAUGCUAUAAAGAAGCAGAGUAAACCUACGAAUGCAGUGGGCUCUAGUGGCGGCAAUGGUAACGGUAGUAAUAGUGGUGGUGGUGUUGACGGCAGAAGCAGCGUUAGCAGUUCGAUCAGUAAUCGUGGUUCUGUGGGCAACGUAGACGAUUCUACUGACUUGGAUGCAUUACCCAGCUUUAGUGGAGCUUCUAACAACAACUGUGCCACACCUAACGGCUUUAGUGAUGAAGCGCAUUCAUCGACUAAUUUUCGCUCCGUCGGCAGCUCAGCAUUUGCUUUAUUCAAUAACGAUCACAGUCGAGCUCCGCAUCAGACAGAUGAUGAUGGUGGCGAUGAUGAUGAUGAGAUUAUUUGGAAUUUGCAUAAGCCGCUCGUUCAUAGUAAUACCAGUACCCCCGGAGGAGUACAACACGUUAAGCCUAAUCCGCAUGAAUUCCUGCGUUGGCGGGAACGUGAACGCCAACGCAUUAAGGAUCGUGAACAGCAACAGUUUAGGAGAGGUGGGGUUACUAACGCAUGGUUGCGCAAUUCAAGGGAAGAUGAAACGGAUCGACGUGAAGUCUAUUCACAGGAAAGAGCGAGUAGCAGUCGUCCAGCAGAUGCUACUCCAAGGGCCGCCAAAAUUCCCCGUAUAAGCAGCAGCCUUGCGCGAUCUAAUAAUGAUAACGCUAGCACUGGUACUAUAUCUGUAGAUAAUGAUGCUGCAAACUGCAGCGGUUCCGCCGAUAUACAGACUGCGCGUCGUAAAAUAUGGCGCAUGCUGAAUGUGCAUGAGUCCAGCGAGGUGGAUGAGGUACUACAACCACCCUCUACUCAACAUGUGCCUGAUAUCAGUCGGCCUUUGACCCUACCCAGUAGUACAGCGCCAUCGGACAGUGGUGCGGCAGUCGAACGGGGUUCAUACGUGAUCACAUAUGCGGGUCAUAGUGUUGGUCAUUCGACAGACAGCAGUGUAGUGCUUCUAGAAGACAGUGACUUGGAGGAGCAUCCCCAUAUUUACACCACUGGGUAUUCGGUGGAAUCUGCGUCUGAUGCGGGUGAGGUAGGCGCUUCAGUAAAUUUACCCACAGAGGUAACGGCGGUAUCACAACCUACGAUAAUGCAGCCCUACAUCGAUGACGAGCAGCCAACUUAUUCGGGAGCCGUAGCUCCUAGUUCUAUUGAAGCUUCUACAUCCGCCUGUGGAGCGAAUAAACCCAGUUCGAUAGCCACUGUGACAAGAAAUUCAGCAUCCAUGGACAUAUCCAAUCGAAGUGGUGAUGGUGCAGCUGUGUUAACCGCACCCGAUUUGCAAUUGGAUUGGUUAUCGGAUUCCACAGGAGACGACGAUGAUGUUGUUUUCGUUCAUUCCACUCGUGAACCAAUACUAUCAAUUGAUCUUACCACCGACGAGGAUACGCCUGCCCCAGUACAAAACGUAAGUCGAGAUGACGGUACUGUAACAGAUUCUAAUGAAGCAACAAUAGAGGGGAUGGAUAGCGCACAAUCGAAUUAUUUCCGUUUAAAUGCGCAAUUUAGAGAUGUUACAGCAGGAGGCCCCUUACUGCAUCCAUACGCAGUGGUACCACCGGGCUAUCAACAAUGGGAUGUAGGCGGUCCAAAUAAUCAGCAACAAGCGUCUUCCCAUAUUGAAACUGAUGAACCUCUAGCGCAUCCGCAACACCAUCACGAAUGUAUGAGGCAUGCGGUUUAUCAGCCGCAACAGGCGCAUCAACCACAACAUCAGCGCUUCUCCUCACUGCUGCGUAAUCGAUAUUACAAGUAUAUACCCCGUCCAGCUCCAAAUCCAUUUUACGAACCACAACAAGCUCAUCAGGCACAGCACCAACGGCCCAUGAUGCAUGAGCUGCAUGGCCUAUGUCCGGAAAUGCGACGUCUUCAACGUUCACCGCAAUUGAAUUUGCCUACGGCGGCCGCCACGAUAGGUCGCUCAGCGUUACCAGUUCUACGCAGCGGUGCCACAGCAACAGCACCAAAUACGGAUGGUGCAAUCAUUUCGAUACCCACCAUUGAAGAGGUGUCUUUGCAGGAUUUAUUUGGGGGUCGUGUACCAGGGGCUCAUGUUCCUAUGCACCCACUUCAGAGUCGCAACGAAGGAAACAAUCUUCUCUAUUCAACGCGUCCUCCUGGCCCUUCACGUUUCUCCAGGGGUAUACCUGCUGUCAGCCUUAGCGACAGCGUUGACGCAGCUGACAGUUCAAAUAUUGCUGUUGGCAGCAAUGGUCCAUAUUCAAAUGCGUCAGUUGGUGACAACAACAACAAUACUAGUAGUCCACCCAUACCGCAAAUUGCGCCAUUUUAUUUACACUGUCGACGCGCCGAUGAUGAAAUGCCGCCACUUCAACGAACCAUUCAGUCACAACAAGAGCCCUCCCUCAUUCCCUCAUGUUCGUUCGGUCGUAGUCGUACAUUAGCCGGCGCGGCGAACGCAGCCGUAACUGCACGAGCGUAUCCGCAUACUGACAUCAAUACUGGACACAUGCAAGGCGUAUCGCCUACAGCAUCUAACUACGUGUCUUCAGCCGCAGCUCCUGCAGUACACCCGCCGGGUCCACCGCCCGAGGCUGCUUCAACACUGACCGCUGUUGGACAUUCGAGUAAUGGUGGUGGUGGUAGUAGUGUAGGCAGCGAUGAACGUGUCAGUGGCAUGCUGCCAUAUCCCACGUUCGCGGUAAAUGCACGAGCUCGUGCGCCACUUCCUACGUUGAUGGGUCGCCUCCAACCAAGUGGCAGUGGUAUUGGUGGCCCUUCUGGUAAUACUGGCCAUCACAGUGGUGUCCAUCAUGGCGGUGGAGCACCACCGUAUCCUGUGCAUCAAAAUCUUUGGUAUCGCCAGCAACAUAUACAGGAAAUACAUCGUCGCCACAUGACACCCACACCAAUUGAUUUGUCCUCGAAUCCAUUGAAUCUAACAAAUAGUUUUCGUUGGCGUUCACAGCUACCGAAUACGUGCUCGUGUGUGCAUGCCAGCAAUGGACCGGUGUCCAGUUUAGAUCCGGCUUACUAUCCUUAUGAAGCACAACAGCGUCGUCGUUCGGCCGUGCAUCACCACAUGUUCCAUCAUUACUCACCGGUGCAUCUGGAAAUUGGCCUUUCUACUCCGCUUUCACACAUUGGGCCGCACAUUUUAAUUGGUUCAGCAAUAAGACCGAAUCGUGGCGCCACUCUGGAAAUUAUUGAACGCAACACAUUGCCACAUAAAUACAAACGCAUUCGCCGCCCAAGCGAAUCUGAUGAGGAUGCCGAGAAGUGUGCCAUUUGCUUGUCAUUAUUUGAAAUUGAGAAUGAUGUGCGCCGUUUGCCAUGCAUGCAUCUCUUCCAUACUGAUUGCGUCGAUCAAUGGCUGGUCACAAAUAAGCAUUGUCCCAUCUGUCGUGUGGACAUUGAGACACAUUUAACCAAAGAUGCGACCACCACUAGUGCUUUAUGACACUCAUCCACCACGGGACUGCUUAUGUAAAGUGAGGAGAAGUGAGCGAGCAGGAGAGAGAAUAGUAAAACUAAUAUCUGCUGCGUUCAAAACAAGCAAGAAAUCAGAUAGAAACCAUACAAAUAUUAGCCUAUUUGAUCGCAAUAAAAAGCAGAAUCCCUAGUUAUAAGUUAUUUAAAAGCCAAAAGAAAAAAUAUGUAAAAUAUCUAUAUUAUUAUUAAAUACAGUAUAAUGCAUGUGAAGAAAUGAAUUAUAGCUUAAAGCUAUUUCCUAAUUUUUGUAAAUAUUUAUUUUUUAUAUGUAAAUAUUUUUUAUGAAGUACACGUUUUCCCUUUUUUGAUUAUUAUUGUUUAUAUUAUUUUGUGUUGUAAAUGGCAUGAUGUGUUAAGUAGAUAACGCCAAAAUUAACUUGUGGAAAGCAAAUACAGUUCAUUCUUAAAUAAGUUUGAAAAAUUUGUGUUCGUGCAUAUCCAUAAAACUCAAUUCGGAAACACUUAAUUUUUUUUCACGUUUGCAAUCAAAAUUAUUAAUAAAAUAUAUAAACAAUGCUAUAGAUUUAAAGUAUAUAUACAAAAAAUAUAGAUCUUUCAAAAGUAUUUUUUUUUACUAAGUAAUUAGUUUACAAACUUGUUAAAAAAUAAAUAAAACUGAUUUGUUUUUGCAGUUUUGCAUUGUUAGUUUUGAGUAACUGUAUCUCUUUACUGAUUUGUUCUUUGUUUUGCUCCAAAUAACAAUUAAUUAUCCUUUACAACACAUAUGAUUAUUUAUAUAAAAUUGUAAUUAUUUUUAUAUAUUAUUUUUUAGUACUGAAUAUUAUUGGCAUUGCAGUCGAAGCUUUGUAACAUGAAUGUGAUAAGCUUUUACUGUAAAAAUGUAAAAAAAAAUUAUAAAAUUACACACAAAGACUAAAGAGAGGUGUAUUAUACAUAUAUAUACAUAAAAAUAUGUGCAUAAUUUAUUAUGUAAAUAUAUAGCUAACAUUCGGUGUUAAAUAUUUUUUUCUACUGAAUUAAAAUGCCACAUAUUUUGUCACUCAGUUAUGCUUUAAUUGUUAAGUUCGUACAACAGAAAUAAAACUGUUGUUACACAGAUAUAAUAUUGCUAGAGUUAUACUUUUUGGUCACUUGAAAACUAAGUAGUUUAUUAAUAUGACUGAAAUUGUGAAUUUGAUUUGUUGUUGUAUUAUUUAGCGAUUAAUUACCUUAUUUCAGUACACAUACAUAUGUACGUGUAUUCUGUUAUAACAGUGAUACUUUUUUGCACCUUCAUUACAACUCAUUACUUGGAAAAAUUUAACAUAAAUUAAUAAAAAAAAAAAAACAAAUUAAAAGAGUAUAGAUAUCAAGUAUAGAUAUGCAUGUACAUACACAUAAAUAUAAUACAACAACAAUUUGCAUAUUAGUUUCAUACAAUCGAUUUGAAUAUAUGUAAACAGAACGUCAUUUUCAUUCACACAUACAAAUACAAAUUGAGUCGCAUGCACUUGUCUCAGUCUCAAACACUUAGCUUUAGUUUGUGCUCCCAGGCAAAACAAUAUCAUAACCAUACAAAUACUAGUAGCAACGCUGUGCCAUAGCAUAUUGUAUAUAAAACCAAAAAGGAAAUUGUUUAAAUAUACAACAAACACAAAAUAAAAUUCAGUAGUCGUAGUACGAUUCAAAAGACCUCAAUCACUCAGCAAUUUGUAGAGAAAAAAACAGAGUUCCUCCAAGCAAAUUGCAGCAAAUCAAUUAUUGUGAAUUUUUGUAAAUAAUUUCUAUUACAUUAUUAUAUAGAUAUAUAGAAGACAUUGUCCUAAAAAUUCUAUAGAAUAAUGUCAUUAUAUAUAUAAAUAUGUUAUAAUAAAUAUAUGAAAUAUUAAAUAGAGAUAUUCCACGAUUAAAAGAUUGGAUUAAUUAUAUAAACUCAUACAAACAUAUGUCUAUCUCAAUAAAUAAGUUGAUAAACUAAAAUUUCUUUAUAUAAGCUCUUCCAAUUGUAAUAAAAUAAUAGUAAAACUGAUGACCACAUAUUCAGCCGGUGCGUAUAUUGUUAAUUGAAAGUGUUACUCAUAAAAUCGCUUAGCUUUUACAACUGUAAAACUUAAAUAUGAAUAAAGGAACAUAUAAUAAAUGUUUAAUAUACAAUAAUACAA